AAUUCGUCAUUGAAAUCCGCAACCAAAAACAAACAGAAGAAUAGAUUUUUAUUUUUAUUUGCCUUUAAUUGAUUUGAAAUAAAUAAUUAUUAUGGCCGAGUUUCCACCGUGUCCAGCGACUUUAAAACAAAUUCAACAUUUUCUAAAAAUUGCCCAAGAACACGAUGCUCGAGAUAUAGUUGUAAGUUAUUGGUCUCGGUUGUAUGCUUUGCAAGUUGGAUUAAAAGCCUCCACACAAAAACCCGAUGAAACGAAACUACUUUUAGGUCUAAUGGAUUGGUUGGAAUCAACAAAGAAACAAAACGCGGAUAACGAAGCUAUUACCAACGAAGUAGCUGCUCAAGCUCAUAUGGAAAAUUAUGCCUUAAAAUUAUUUUUAUAUGCUGACAAACAAGAUCGCGAAUCUAAUUUUGGAAAAAAUGUCGUCAAAGCCUUUUACACUUGUGGAGUUCUCUAUGAUGUAAUGCAAGCUUUUGGUGAGCUCACAGAAGAAGCCCAACACAAUCGCAAAUAUGCCAAAUGGAAGGCUGCAUACAUUCACAAUUGUUUGAAAAAUGGUGAAACACCAAUUCCCGGUCCAAUGGGCGAAGAUGGUGAUGAUAAUAACGAAGCUGGAGAUGAUGGACAAUCAUCACCACCACCACCCCCAUCGGGUAGUGACGAUUUGUCACCCACAGAAAGCCAAUCGCAUAGUCAAUUGCCCGAUGAACCAACACCAAGUACAUCGCAAACUCCACCAACGGUGGAAGAAGUUCUUUCAAAUCCUAGCAAACUUCCAAGUCCACCGGUGGAUGAGGAAAAGCCUGGAGGAUUUGUUCCCUAUGUCCCCGAACAGUCGGCACAAACACCGUCGGCGAGUGUUCAUAUUACACCGGAACAAAUGCUUAAAGCUCAGAAAUAUUGCAAAUAUGCUGGCAGUGCCUUAAAUUAUGACGAUGUUAAAUCUGCAAUAGAAAAUCUUCAAAAUGCUCUUCGUCUUUUGACCACAGGUCAGGAUUUCUAAAUGAUAUAUCAUGUAAUAAUCAAUUUAUUCCACUAUGAACAAUGUCUUGUCUAUGUUCUCACUAUAGAAUACUAAUCUCUAAUUUACUAAGUUUAAUUAUGUUGAAAUUAUGUAAAAUUAUUUUAUUGUUUCGCAGCUUUUUGCUUUAAUAAAUGCAAGCACCGCAAUACUAA